AUGAAAGAACUCUUUCUUGUCGGAAGUCCUCUUCGAGGAGAAUUUCGUGAUGUCGACAUACCAGUUCCGAGAGACAACGAAGUCUUAGUCAAAGUCAUGGCCACAGAUUCAAAUCCUAAGGACUGGAAAGCCACAUCCGCAAAUAAGUACAUGAACCAAGGGGACGAUAUCGCCGGCAUCAUUUCCUCCGUCGGGUCCCGCGUGAGAGACUUCCACCCUGGCGAUCGUGUCGCCGCCUUCCACCCCAUGUGGGAACCUCACGGUGCACACGCCGAAUACGCCAUAGCACCCUCAAGCACAACUUUCCACCUCCCGCCCAACAUCUCCUUCGAAGCAGGCUCCACCCUCCCUCUCGCAGGCAUGACAGCUGCACUAGCAUUAUACCAACACCUGUCCAUCCCACCACCGUGGAACCCCGUCUCCGCCUCAUCCUCCAACGCUUCUUUGCCCAUCAUAAUCUAUGGUGGUGCAUCAGCAGUAGGCGCAUACGCUCUCAAACUCGCAAAGCUCUCGCGCUGUAGCCCCAUCAUCACGGUCGCUGGGAACGGAAUCCCGUUCGUGGAGAGUCUCAAUGCCGCGGAUGUCAUUAUCGACUAUCGCGACCCCAGCGUCGAUGUCGCUGCAGAGAUUACAAAGGCGUUGAAGGGAAAGGAAGUGUUGCAUGCGUUUGAUGCUAUAUGUGCGCAUGAUAGCUGGAAACACAUCUUGGGCGUGUUGCCGCAUGAUGGCAGAGCGACUAUUGCCAUGGUUGAUCCACCGAAGGGCGUGAGUCCUUGGCCGUCGGUAGAGAUGCAUGGGGUGAAGUAUAUGAGGACAUACGUCUCGAGUGCGUACGGCAAGGCGUACAAAGAGAGGAGUGAAGAAGAGGCAGGAUGGGAUGAGGACUUUGCGUUUGUGAUGUACAGGUAUUUCUCAAGACUGCUUGAAGAUGGGAGACUUACGCCUCAUCCUUUUGAGGUUCUUGGAGGAUUGGAGGAGGUUGCGAGAGGAUCACAGCUGCUGGCUGACAAUAAGGUGUCUUCGAAGAAACUAGUGUACCGCAUUACUGAUACGAAAGGCCUCUGA